CUAUGGGCAACAGCUGUUUUGGUUAUCGGUUCGGUGAUGCAUUAUUUCUAUUCCUAACUCAGCGCUUCACAGUUACCUAGAACCAUUGAUUCAGUCGUACACCGUUUCUGUCGCUUGAUGCACCACAGUCGCACAAACUUAUUGUGUUAUUGUUGACAUUCUAGAUCAUUCGAUUACCAUUUUACGUCAAUCGGAGUUUAUUUGAUAACUGCUGUCAACUUUUUUUCUCACACGUUAGUCGUUUUGGAGUACGCAAUAUCUGUACUACUGCAGUCGUCGUACGUACUUCGUCGCGUCGUUUCUUGAAUAUUACAAAUUUUGGAACUGUGUUGAAAACGUGCCGACGAUACAUCCGAGUGACUGUCGUACACCGAUUUGUUAAUAUUACGUAAUACGAAUACUAGUUCGUGAGUGUUUGAUCUUGUUAUUUUAAAAAGAUAAUAAGAAUUUGAUUCACCUAAACAAAUUAACUCAGUUUUUUAAAAAACAAUUGUGAUGAGCACGUGGCAACAGACACAGACUCCCUAUGGAACUGGAUCAGCUCCACCGCCACCUGGAUUUUAUCCACAAGGUGUACCAUAUCCUAAAGCUGAUGGUGGCUAUCCUAUUGGUGGAGGAUAUCCUACUGGCGGUGGCUAUCCUACUGGCGGUGGCUAUUCCGCUGGUGGUGGUUAUCCUCCUCCUUAUGGACAACAAAAUGCACCUUUUUAUGGAGGAUCAAAUGUGCCACCACAAAAUGAUAGUUUUAAUGCGCAAGAUAAUUUUGGAUUCAAUGAUAAAACCAUCCGGAAAAACUUCAUUGCAAAAGUGUAUAGUAUACUCAUGUGUCAACUACUAACCACUUUAAUAUUUGUGGCAAUAGCAAUUUUUCAUCUCCCUACCAAGAAAUAUAUAGCAACUCAUCCCGGUCUUAGUAUUGUAGCAAUUAUUAUCACGUUUGGUACUUUAAUUGCCCUUGCAUGCUGUGAUGACUUACGCCGAAAGACUCCUACCAACUUCAUCCUUUUAUGUAUAUUUACCGUGGCAGAAUCAUUUUUAGUAGCAGUUUCUGUAACCCGUUACUAUCCCGAUCAAGUACUUAUGGCUCUUGGCUUAACUACUUUAAUAUGUUUUGGACUUACAAUAUUUGCUCUUCAAACAAAAGUUGAUUUUACAGUAAUGGGUGGUUUUUUAAUGAUUGCUGCUUUAAUAUUACUAGUAGGAUCUAUAGUUGCCAUAUUUUUCCCUGGUAAAUUAAUGACACUUAUAAUUGCAUCAGCAGGUGCAAUUAUAUUUUCAUUAUAUCUUAUCUAUGAUACACAGAUGAUGAUGGGUGGUGAUCAUAAGUAUUCCAUUUCUCCUGAAGAAUAUAUUUUUGCUGCAUUAAACCUUUAUGUAGACAUAAUUAAUAUUUUCAUGUAUAUUUUAGCAAUUAUUGGAGCUUCUAGUGAUGAUUAAAAAAAAUGUAUCUAAAGAUUAUAUAAAAUAUUAAAACUGUUAUUAUUUACUUAUAAUUAAAUGUUUUAGAUUACUAUUAUUCUUCUAUUUUACUGAAUCGGUUAUUAGUUUGAUAUUUUUUGUUUAGUGAGGUAGUUAAAAAAAUCACUAU